AACAUAAACAAGCCAAGUUUAAACAUAUUUUGAAACUCAUUAAUCUAUGAGUUUGGCUCGAACUCGGCUCAAUAAGCAUAUAUACACUAUAAAAACCAAGUUACUCGAGCUUGGCCUGAUUAAAGUUCAUUUGAAUUGUUUCCUAGAGUCUUCUUGGCAACAAGUACAAACUGGAGGAAAGAAAAAAGAGAAGAAGAACAUAGAAUUCUUUCUUAGAGCAUUGGGUUUUAUUCUUGCAGCUGUUAAGUUUUGUCACACAGAAAGCAAUCUCAAAUUCUUUAAACUGACGUCUAAUUAAAUAGAAAAUUUACAUCUACAAAAAUACAUGCAUAUAUAAUAUAAUAUGUAAGCAGUUGUACUACUACUACUACUACUCUACUACUAAAAUGACGAUUUCAAAAAAGAAUAUUUGUUACUAAGACUAGAACUAAUACUAGUCUACACCCACUAAAGAUCAAUAUAAAAAAGUAUUAAAUAUCUCAAGCCCAAGCAGACGACUUAUGACCACUAAUAUUUCCCAUGUCCAGCAGAUAUGAAAAUUACUGAAAUUCUGUUGGCUUCUAAAAGGUGACAAAACAUUCUACAGUGACCAGUGGCAGAUUGACUUAGAGCUAAUAUAAAUUCAGACUUGGCUCACCGGCAUGGAUGUUUUUCUUUGGAUUGACAAGGAUUCCUGAUUGUCACUAGGCCCACAGCCUUUUUUGGGAUAUCCAGAUCUUAUGAUAUUUGCUAUCACUCAAAAAACAUGGCAUGGCAUCAAUAAACCACCUUUAAAUUUAUGUGGCAAAUUUGCUUGCUAUGCCCCAUCAUCAGCUUUCUCACUUAAUUCUUGUAUGUUUGACUAAUUUUGUGGCUUAAAAUAAUGUCCUAACUCAACAUCUUCUUGUGAAAAUACUUAUGUUGUUGUUAUUGAAGUGCGUUAACUUUCUCUUAUGCAAUUUGUGCAAUAUUAUUUCCGAAGUUUCUCACAAAAUGAUGUUAAUUGAUGCACUGCUCUUCUUCUGCAUUAGAUGUUCCCAUGGUUGUCUCUGAAUAAUGUUUGUUAACGUUUAGAUGUGUCAAAAGUAAUUCAAUUUCUUAUCUAUCCUCUUCUGUAUCCUCUUCAGUUUCUCUUAUGUAUCCUCUUCUUGUGGCAUGUAAAUCAAUAAGCAAUUUACGUAAAGUUGCAGCUCAAGAAAUGGUUGACAAAGUUCGGCAGCAUAGUGGUGUACUUGUGGAUCAGGCACAACUGGUAUCGAAUGAGUUAAUCAGGGUCGCAAUACUUUGGCAUGAGAUAUGGCAUGAGGCACUGGAAGAAGCCAGUUGUUUAUAUUUCGGUGAACAUAACAUUGAGGGUAUGCUAAAGGUGUUAGAGCCAUUGCAUGAACUCCUCGAGGAAGGGGCAAUGAGAAACAACACAACCAUAAAAGAGAAAGCUUUCAUUCAGGCAUGGGAUCUGUAUUAUCAUGUCUUCAGACGGAUAGAUAAGCAGCUUCAAACUCUUACUAGCCUGGACCUGCAGUUUGUUUCCCCUGAAUUGGUAGAAUGCCAAAAUUUGGAGCUUGCUGUUCCUGGCACUUACUGA